UUAGUUCUUAUGCUCUUGUUAAAAUUGAUAAAAUUCAAAAACUCUUCUAUUCUUUUUCUUUAUUUUACAAAGAAAGUUGCAUAAUGAGAAUAAUGGAAGAGGUUGUUGAGAUUUAAAUAUUAAAUUUAUUGUUGUAUAGCAUAAAUAAUUGAGUUGAAUUUUGAGUUUAAACUUUUCUAUUUUUCAAAUAACAUACUAUUGCUUACUGUAGAGUGAAGACCAUGCCAUACUAUAAAGUAGCUUUAUGGUAACCUAACUCUAUACAGCUGCCAAGAUACCAGGUGUUAGUAAAGAACCAAAAACAUUUCUGUUUGCAAUGAAUAUGGAUUCAUAUCCCCCUCUCUUUAGUUCAAAUAGUAAUAAUACUCUAACUCAGAACAUUGACCUUGAUGAACCCAUCGAACAUACCGAAGAUUUGGAUCCUAUCCCAGUCAUAGACCUUCAAUGCCUUAACUUGGAAAAGCUAGAUGAAGCCUGUAAAAAUUGGGGUGUCUUUCGUUUGAUUAACCAUGGGGUUCCUUCAACACUUGUAAGCCAAAUCCAGGACCAAGCCAGAAAGCUUUUCUCCCUUUCAUUUGAAUAUAAACAGGCGAUUCUAAACAGUCCUUUGUCUUACGUUUCGGGAACUGUAUUCCUUAGCUCAUCAGGUAAAGCCCUGACAACUUCCCAGGGUCUCAAUUGGGUAGAAGUUAUCAAUUUCCCACUCACUCAGCUCUCACAAUUCCAAGCUCAAGACUCCAUGCUUGACUCUUUCAGACUAGUAGUGGAAGAAUAUGGAAGACAUCUCGCUAGACUUGCUAGUACUAUUUUCCAAGUGAUAGAGAAAAACCUCAAUCUAGAUCCAAGCCAAUCCAAAUCUCAUUUAGCAGAAUCAACAGGAUUUGUUCGUGUUCAUCGAUACCCUCAAAUUGCUAAAGGUAACCAAGCUUGGGGAGCAAGAGUGCAUACGGACUCCUCAGUUCUUUCAAUACUAAGCCAAGAUCAAAUUGGGGGACUAGAAGUUUUCAAGGAAAACAAAUGGCUCCCCGUUAAACCCGUUGCCAACACCUUCAUCGUCAACCUUGGAGAUAUGAUGCAGGUUAUAAGCAAUGAUGAAUACAAAAGUGUGAAGCACAGAGUGAGGGUGUGCAAGCAAGAGGAUCGAAUCUCAAUAAACUACUUCGUGUUCCCAGACUUCGAUUCUGUUAUCGAAAGCUCAAAGUAUAAGCCUUUUACUUACAAAGAAUUUCGUGCACAAGGACAGAAAGAUAUAGAGACACUGGGAUUUAUAGUUGGCCUUGAAGGUUUCAAGCUUGACAAGUAGGUUAUUUAAGCAUCAUUUGUUGCCUUAAUUAUCUCAUUUUGUAAUACCAGGCUGAAUAAUCAGUCAUUUUUUCUUUCCUGUUUACUUUCUUUGAAUUGACUCUAAGGUUGAUGAUAGGCAUUUCAGAUUUGCUUUUGAAAUGCAGCACAUUAUAUUAUUUUCAAAUUCAACUUUAUCAUGUUGAAUUUGGAUUUCACUCCACAAUGUGGUAAGGUUUCCUUUUCGUACCAGAAUUUCUUAUCCUGAAUGGCGAUUGAAGUACCUCUAUUCUCGCAGGAAAAUUUGACUACUUCAUUGAUAUAAUUGUAGAGGUCAACAACACACUUCCAACUGCGUUCCAUCAACGAUUAUAGUAAUUGUAGUUGAAUUUGUGUUCUUAGUGAUUUAGUCAGUUUGUAAAACUUAAUCUAGCAUCACUACAUCCAACCACCACUUGAAUGUAACCAAUAACUUUUGUUAACAUAUCAUCGCCCACACUACUUAUCUCUUUGAACCAAAUUAUGUUGUCAAUUUCUCUCAACUUUUGCUCCACUCACUGAGCAUAAUCACAAAAUAAACGGGGAAUAGAAACCAGAUUGUCCAAAAAGGUACCGACUCACUAAAGCAUUUAUAAGAAAGAUAAAAAGGAGGAUGGAUGAGAUAGGAUGACUGAAAACAAAACUAGGGGACGGGCACCAAUCAAGUAUUGUGGGAUUUCGCAACAAAGUACACACUAACCAUCAUUAACUUAACCAUUAAUAAAUCAAAAUUUCCUUGUAUUAUGUUCAAAAGACUAGCUUUAGCACUUGGAAAGUUACUAUAAUUAAGAAGCGUAACGGUUUGCAAAAUGCAAAGUUACCAUUCAUAAUCACAUGAAUUCCCCUGUAUUCUGUCCAAAAGACAAACUUCAGCAUUUGAGUCACUAACUAUGAAGCCCUAGACAGGUUGAAGAACAGAAAGAACCCUAGAAAUCACAUAAAUUUUUAGAACGAUGACAACGGAUCUUAAAAGUAGACAUAUAAUGAUAUGUCCCUAACAAAAAAUCCCAACAC